UACAAACAAAACACAACAGGUGACACUGUGAACAUACAUUUAUAAAGGUGUAGACACGCUGGAAAAACAUUUCUCAUUUCAACACUUGAAAAGAAAAAGGAUAUAUAUAUAUUCUCGAUCACAAUCUUUGUGAAGACUCCUAAGUACCAGUGACAUUCUCAAAGCAAUUCUUUUUCUCCAUACCUGUGUUGGGAAGUCUUCUAGGAUUUGUUUUGCAAUAUCAAUAAACGGAACCAAGUGUAAUACGGGAGGAGACUGUGAUUUGCCUAGGAGAAGAGUUCCUUUGGGUGAGUACAGAAAUAGAAAUAACUGUAACUGGCACACUACUAAGAGAUAAUUUCUGUGACAGAAUGAUUUGUAUGAAACGGCUCCUUUUCAUCUUUCUUGGACUGGGAAUGGUUAUAUUGCUGAACAGCUUUCUCAGCCUAUCUCAGGUUAAAAAAGCACCGAUAUUUUCCCAGCAGAUAUCUUUAUUAGAAGAAACCUGUGAGGCAUUGGCCAGAAAAAAAAAAUAUUUCUUUUGGAAUAAUUUAGCUAAAAUAUACUCUAACAGCAGCAAUUGCAAGGACUAUAUAAUAAGAAAUAAAUACAUUACAGCACCACUCUCAGAAGAAGAGGCUGCCUUUCCGUUAGCCUAUGUACUGACGGUACACAAGGAAUUUAAUACUUUCGAGAGACUGUUCAGAGCUGUCUACAUGCCCCAAAAUGUAUACUGUAUCCAUGUUGAUGAGAAGGCGACUGCUGAUUUCAUGCAGGCUGUGGCCAGUUUAGUGCAAUGUUUCCCCAACGCGUUUCUUGCUACACGAAUGGAACCAGUGGUGUAUGGUGGAAUAUCCAGACUCCAGGCUGAUCUGAAUUGUAUGAAAGAUCUUAUGGCAUUGGAUGUGCAGUGGAAAUAUGUUAUCAAUUUGUGUGGGCAAGAUUUCCCUUUGAAGACAAACAAGGAAAUAAUACAUCAUAUUAAAUCAUUUAAAGGGAAAAAUAUAACCCCUGGGGUAUUACCAACUGCCCAUGCAAUACCAAGGACCAAAUAUGUUCAUCGGGAGGAUAUAGUCAAUUCACGUGUAAUAAGGACAAAAGUUUUAAAGCCCCCACCUCCUCAAAAUAUCACAAUUUACUUUGGCUCUGCCUAUGUUGCACUCACAAGGGAAUUUACACGGUUUAUUCUAGAAGAUCAGAGAGCUACUGAUUUGUUGCUGUGGUCCAAGGACACUUACAGCCCAGAUGAGCAUUACUGGGUGACACUGAACAGAAUUCCAGAUUUUCCAGGUUCUGUGCCAGAUGCAAAAUGGGAAGGUGACCUUAAAGCAAUAAAAUGGAGCGAUGACAAGACUCAUGAUGGUUGCCACGGUCAUUAUGUUAGAGGAGUUUGCAUUUAUGGAACCGGGGACUUACAGUGGCUUCUGAAUCUGAAAUCAUCAUUCAUGUUUGCCAAUAAAUUUGAGUUGGCAUCGUACCCUCCUACAAUUGAAUGUUUAGAGCUGAGAUUACGAAAAAGGGCCUUGAAUCAUGCAGAAAUAUCUUUGCAGCCGAACUGGACUUUUUAACAAAUAAGAAACAAUACAAUUCUACCUGUAUCUGAUGAUUCAGCACUAACAAUGGGCAAUGUGCGGGAGCCUUCAAAGGCACCAGAUCAAAUUUUUUUGUCCAGCCAGAUCGACGUGCCGACUGAUAUCUGAUAUCUACCGAUAUCGGUUAACUCGUUUCCCACCAUACACACACCGAAUAUCGUACAAAAAUUUGUUUUAUAUGAUAUUAUCUGUGCUUCUAUGGCCACCUUUACCAUUGAUAAAUAUAACAGUUACACAGUGUAACAACAUUCGGAGACAGUCAGCACGACUUCUUACAGUCAGCACGACUUCUUACAACUUUCUUUCUUUUCAGUUAUGGUGCAGGUUCCCCAGUGGCCACUUAUCACUGGUCAAUAUUGAAGAAAUUGUAAUUGAACAGCACCACUCAGUCUUUGUAAGAUAAAAAUGCCUUUAUUGCAGACUUCUGGGCAUCACAGCAACG